UGGGGUGGGGGGGUGGGGGGCAAGAGGGGUCAUCGAUCAACUGGCCGACGAGUCUCCCAAGUCAGCAAUUAUCGGCACAUUAAAGCUGAAGAAUGUAUCCCCAGGGACGGCACCCGGUCCCACUUCAGCCUGGCCAGCCGUUCAAGUUCACCGUUCUGGAAACACUGGAUCGGAUUAAAGAGGAGUUUCAGUUUCUGCAAGCGCAGUAUCACAGUUUGAAACUGGAGUGUGAAAAACUGGCCAGCGAGAAGACCGAGAUGCAGAGACAUUACAUCAUGUAUUAUGAAAUGUCUUAUGGGCUGAACAUUGAAAUGCAUAAACAGGCAGAGAUUGUAAAGCGGCUGAGUGCCAUCUGUGCCCAGAUCAUCCCGUUCCUGUCUCAGGAGCACCAGCAGCAGGUUGUCCAGGCAGUGGAGAGAGCCAAGCAGGUGACGAUGGCGGAGCUGAACGCCAUUAUUGGGCAGCAGCAGCUCCAGCACCUGUCCCACCACACUCCGGGAAUCCCACUGACCCCCCAUCCGUCUGGCCUGCAAGCUUCCAGCUUGGCAUCACUAGGGGGCAGCUCGGGACUUUUGGCCCUGUCCAGCAGUCUGAGCAUACAGGCCCACCUUGCUGCCAAAGAAGAACGCAACCACCUGGAGCUGGAGCACCAGAGGGAUCGUGCGCCAAGUCGGAGUAAAUCUGUGUCAUCUACGGACAGCCAGAGGACAGAAGAGAAGCAGGGGUCAUCGGCCGAGUACACCGGGGCUGGCAGCAGCGAGGGCAAGAGGCGACGCUGUGACGACAAGGACUCGCUCACACAUUACGACAGCGACGCAGAAAGAAGUGAGGACAACCUGGUGGUGGAUGUUUCAAAUGAGGAGCCUUCAUCCCCUUUGGGUAGUCUCCCUCACUCUCCGCACGGUAAUGGUUUGGACAAAAGCAGCCUGCUGAGGAAGGACCUGCCAGCCAGUCCCAGUUCGCCGAAUUCCCCUCACAGCAGUCCCCCGGGAAAGAUCAAGGAUGCUGCGCUGGCGGAUAAACCUGGCACACCGGCAUUGAAGUCCACCAGCUCAUCACCUCUUCAGGAUGCCCUGACCCCAGGCCCCGGUCCCAGUUCAGCAACUUGCUUGCGCUUGGUGACCAGUAAGCCCUCAACUGCUGAUGCACUUGGUCUGAGGAGCCCACUGGCAAUCUCUGGGUCCUAUCCGGCUCAUUUUGGGGUGGUGUCCCACACCGGUCUCAACGGGGAGCUGUCCAGUCCAGGAACCUACAGUGGACUUCACAUCUCCCCACAAAUCAGCACCACGGUCAGCUAUGGACGGUCACCAGUGGUUGCCUAUGAGUCCCGCUCACACUUAAGGACGCCAGGCCUGUCAGCCACGCUGCCUCCUGUCACCGGUGGAAAGCCAGCCUACUCCUUCCAUGUGAGCGGAGACGGUCAGAUGCAGCCAGUUCCGUUCCCACCCGACGCCCUGAUUGGUUCCGGUAUCCCACGCCACGCCCGGCAGAUGCACACUCUCAGUCAUGGCGAGGUGGUGUGCGCUGUGACCAUCAGCAACUCGACGCGGCACGUCUACACCGGGGGCAAAGGCUGCGUCAAGAUGUGGGAUGUGAGUCAGCUGACUGCCAAGAGCCCAGUGGCCCAGCUUGACUGCCUGAACCGGGACAACUAUAUCCGCUCCUGCAAGCUGCUUCCUGAUGGCCGGACCCUCAUUGUAGGCGGCGAGGCCAGCACUCUGUCCAUCUGGGACCUGGCCACUCCAACUCCUCGGAUUAAAGCGGAGCUGACGUCCUCCGCACCGGCCUGCUACGCCCUUGCAAUCAGCCCCGAUGCCAAAGUGUGCUUUUCCUGUUGCAGCGAUGGCAACAUUGUGGUGUGGGACUUGCAGAAUCAGACUCUCGUCAGGCAGUUUCAGGGCCACACAGAUGGUGCCAGCUGCAUAGACAUUUCAAAUGAUGGGACCAAACUGUGGACGGGAGGCUUGGAUAACACGGUCCGCUGCUGGGAUCUGAGGGAGGGCAGGCAGCUUCAGCAGCACGACUUCACAUCACAGAUCUUCUCUUUGGGGUACUGUCCUACAGGGGAGUGGCUCGCUGUUGGCAUGGAGAGCAGCAAUGUUGAGGUUCUGCACGUGUCCAAGAGUGACAAGUACCAGCUGCACCUUCAUGAGAGUUGUGUGCUUUCUCUCAAGUUUGGCUCUUGUGGAAAGUGGUUUGUGAGUACUGGGAAAGACAACUUGCUCAAUGCUUGGAGAACACCCUAUGGAGCCAGCAUAUUCCAGUCCAAGGAGUCGUCGUCGGUCCUGAGUUGUGACAUCUCCCCCGAUGAUAAGUACAUUGUCACUGGCUCUGGGGACAAGAAGGCCACCGUGUAUGAAGUGGUGUACUAAAAGACCCAGGGGAUUUUCUUCCAUCUUGCAUGGUCAGCACUGCUUUCUUUAUCCCCUUUUAUUUCCGGAAGCAGCACUUAGGAGUUGUACAUUCCUUGCAGAUCACAAGAUGGAGCACCUUCAGCCCCAGCUCUGUGGAACUCAUGUGCCACCUUUUUUUCCUCCCCCAUUUUGAUGAAGGCUGCUGGUGGCAUCACGAGACCAGACAUGUUUUCCGUAUCAGACACUCCUACAGAAGACCUUGUGAAGGCUCAGCACUCCUUGGGCCAGCCAGCUGCAGACUUUACUUUCUGAUGCCGCAUGGGGUGGGCCACUUUGUAGAAGAAGCUCAUAUGUUCUUUCGAAACAUUUCAGUCGUAGCUCGCACAAUCAAUGGAGGUGGCCUGCUGGUUGAAAUUCCCAGUCUGCUGCUGCUGCUCAGUCAUCUUCUGCUCGUCUGCCUGCUACAUUGGAGGGCACUCGAUAGGACUGGUAAGCCCCUCAAACUUCAGGAAACACUGCGUGGCAACCCGAUGACGAAUUUCAUUUUUAGACCCGCAAUUUGCAAUGGCACUGGGGUGGAACACCUGAACGCUUAGCCGUACCCUGUACCCCGUCACGCAGCUUUCUGUGCUUCACGACGCAUCCCUGUGUUUGUUCCGCCAGGUCGUAUUCUUGAAUUUUGUCAUUUUCUUGUGGUGGUAGGUUUCAAAAGCUCUUCAGCCGGGUACGUGUAUGGUCUUGGCAGAGCAGAUCGCCUUCCUGGCUGUUUGCCUGUCAUUUCCAUAAAAGAUCUCAAGAGUGUGGCGUAGUGCUGUCCAGCCUAGGAGCCUCAGGUAAAGCGAGUUGGACCACCUUAUCCUAUAAAAACAUGGGAUAACUUAUCGUGUUGCCUGGUGUUUAAACACAUGUGGGACUGCCUCACAAGUGUCCUGUAGUGCCCUUCAAUGCCAGCUACUCUUGGUAUUCUUUAGCCACUGAAUACAUGAACAGCCGGGUUUACCCGACUGGCGACUCUCCAUUUUUCUUGUUCUUAUUUGAUGCCCUCACAGCAUCCACCCUGGUACUAUCACACGAUAUAAAGGCACAUCUCGGCAACUGACCCACCAUAGAAUAAAAUGUAGGACAUUGGCAUACAUCUAUUGGGAAUGGCCAUCUUAAUCAGGCUGGCACAAGAGAGAGCGAGAGGCCGAGAUGUCGGGUAGCUGGACUGGGUAAGCUUUUUAAUCAGAAUGAAUGAACGAACGAGUGGCCUCUGGUGCUGGAUGUCCACUUUGAGAACUUUGGUGACUUUGUUGAAAAGUGCGUUUUGUUCAGUUGAUAAUGUAUGUUCCUUUCCUUAUCCGAUUCAUGUAAAACUUUGAAAACCUCCCAAAACUUGUAAUAUUAAUAAAAUAUGCACUCACUUGAUUAAACCCCCAAAAAUGUGCACCGUCUGUUGAACCUUUGACAUGAGAUGGAAGAAAUAAAUUGUAUAUGUUAUCCCUAAUAAAGUGGCCAUGGAGCGUACGCCUAAUCGCUGGCUCAGAUCA